GUUCACAUUCCAUAUUUUCAAAAAGCCAACCACCACCCAUUCAUUAUUUUCAACAGCUGAAUUACAACUCUAAACACAUAUAUAAUAUUCAUAUUCCUCACUUUUCGUCAACCGCACUUUACGGAGCAUCUUCUCUGCUCUCUGUGUUCAUCCGCCAUUAUCAAACUAACUUUGGCUGACUUACGAGUGUUGUAAAACGACACCGUAUUUGUAUGAUGAAUGGUGAGGAUAAACCGGAGGCAUCUACCUCCAAUGACGCUCGGUUAGAUAAAGAGAAGGAGAAGGAGGAGGAAAAGGAGAAGGAGAGUACCGAUACGGUGCCGUUUUAUAAGCUGUUUGCUUUUGCUGAUUUAACCGAUUACGUGUUGAUGAUUGUUGGUACCAUUGGUGCUGUUGGUAACGGAAUAUGUAUGCCUUUAAUGACUAUACUUUUCGGUGAUUUGUUAAAUUCCUUUGGUGAGAAUCAGAAUAAUGAUGAUGUGGUCAGUGCUGUUUCAAAGGUGGCGCUGAAGUUUGUUUAUUUGGGUGUUGGAUGUGGUGUUGCAUCAUUUCUGCAGGUCGCAUGUUGGAUGAUAACGGGAGAACGACAAGCUGCAAGAAUAAGGAAUUUGUAUUUAAAAACGAUAUUAAGACAAGAUGUUUCCUUCUUUGACAAAGAAACAAACACAGGGGAGGUUGUUGGUAGGAUGUCUGGUGAUACUGUCCUCAUACAAGAUGCCAUGGGGGAAAAGGUUGGAAAAUUCACACAGCUGUUUUCAACAUUCAUAGGUGGUUUUGUGAUAGCAUUCGUCAAGGGAUGGCUUCUUACACUUGUCAUGUUGACCUCGAUUCCUCCGUUGGUAAUUUCCGGCUCAAUUAUGUCGGUAACAAUAGCCAAGAUGGCAUCACGGGGCCAAACCGCUUAUGCUAAAGCAGCUACUGUAGUUGAACAGACCAUCGGAUCAAUCAGAACGGUUGCUUCAUUCACAGGGGAGAAAAAAGCGGUUGCAGAUUACAAUAAAUCACUUAUUGAUGCUUAUAAUUCCAGUGUUCAUGAAGGCCUGGCCACUGGCCUUGGUCUUGGAUCAAUGAUGUUUAUUGUAUUCUGUAGUUAUGCUUUAGCUGUUUGGUAUGGUGCAAAGAUGAUAAUAGAAAGAGGAUACACUGGAGGCACUGUGCUUACCGUCAUUUUUGCUGUGCUUACUGGAUCCAUGUCUCUUGGGCAGGCAUCUCCAUGUUUGAGUGCAUUUGCUGCGGGUCGGGCAGCAGCAUUCAAGAUGUUCGAAACAAUAAACAGAAAGCCCGAAAUAGACGCAUACGACACAAAGGGGAAAGUAUUAAACGAUAUUCGUGGUGACAUAGAAUUAAGAGAUGUGUAUUUCACUUAUCCAGCAAGACCUGAUGAGGAAAUAUUCAGUGGAUUUUCUCUUUAUAUCCCAAGUGGGACAACUGCAGCUUUGGUUGGUCAAAGUGGAAGCGGAAAGUCAACGGUGAUCAGCCUAAUAGAGAGAUUUUAUGACCCUCGAGCUGGGGAAGUUCUUAUUGAUAAUAUUAAUCUCAAAGAAUUUCAACUAAAAUGGAUUAGACAGAAAAUCGGUCUUGUUAGCCAAGAACCAGUUUUGUUUACAUCCACCAUUAAGGAAAAUAUCAUGUACGGUAAAGAUGGUGCAUCUAUGGAAGAGAUUAGAGUUGCAGUUGAGCUUGCAAAUGCUGCUAAAUUUAUCGAUAAACUACCUCAGGGACUGGACACCAUGGUUGGUGAGCACGGAACACAACUCUCUGGUGGACAAAAGCAAAGAAUUGCUAUAGCCAGAGCUAUUCUUAAAGAUCCCAGAAUCCUUCUUUUGGAUGAAGCAACAAGCGCACUCGAUGCAGAAUCUGAGAGAGUUGUGCAGGAGGCUUUGGACCGGAUAAUGGUCAAUAGAACAACCGUCAUCGUUGCACAUCGUUUAAGCACAGUCAGAAAUGCCGAUAUGAUUGCAGUUAUUCAUUGGGGAAAGAUGGUUGAGAAAGGAUCACAUACAGAGCUACUCCAGGAUCCUGAAGGAGCAUACUCUCAGCUUAUAAAAUUACAAGAAGUUAACAAAGAUUCAAAACAUUACUCAGAGGACCAAGAUAACGAAAAGGGUAAGGAAAUCAGAAGCCUCUCAAGUAAAAAAAUAUCCUACCAACGGUCAUUGAGCCGAGGGUCAACAAGCAGCCGUCGCCACUCAUUGUCCAUGUCAUACGGUUUGCCGCCACAAAUCGGUGUCGGGCCGCCAGAAUCCAUGGACACUGAAGCAGUGGACACAUCAAAAAAACAACCCAAAGUCCCACUCCGACGUCUUGCGUAUCUCAACAAACCGGAACUACCAGUAAUCAUAAUUGGUUCAGUAGCUGCUAUUGUUAACGGAACAAUAUUCCCGAUUUUUAGCAUCCUGCUUUCAAGCAUGAUCAAAACGUUUUACGAACCGGAAAGUGAAAUGAAAUCAGACUCAAGAUUCUGGGCUCUUAUGUUUAUAAUAUUGGGAGUUGUAUCUUUUCUAGCGUACCCCGGGAGAUCGUAUAUGUUCGCUGUUGCGGGGUCGAAACUUAUAAAAAGAAUCAGAUCGUUAUGCUAUGAGAAAGUGAUUAGCAUGGAGGUUGGUUGGUUCGAUAAGCCGGAAAACUCAAGCGGUGCAAUUGGUGCACGUUUGUCGACUGAUGCAGCCAGUGUUCGCGGGUUGGUUGGUGAUGCACUUGCUCAAAUUGUUCAAGACUCAGCGUCAGUUAUAACCGGUUUAGUUAUUGCUUUUACAGCUUGCUGGCAGUUGGCGCUAAUAGUUCUUGCUUUGAUCCCGUUAAUGAGUGCUAAUGGAUAUGUUCAGAUGCAGUUCAUGAAAGGGUUCAGUGCGGAUGCUAAGUUGAUGUACGAGGAAGCGAGUCAGGUGGCGAAUGAUGCUGUAGGGAGUAUAAGGACAGUAGCGUCUUUUUGCGCAGAAGAGAAAGUUAUGCAACUUUAUAGAUAUAAAUGCGAGGGCCCGAAGAAAACAGGGAUCAAACAAGGGUUGAUUAGCGGGAUCGGGUUUGGGGUUUCGUUCUUUUUACUUUUCUGUAUGUAUGCGGCAUGUUUCUACGCGGGAUCCCGGUUUGUUGAGGCGGACAUAACGAAUUUCACAGAUGUUUUUAGAGUUUUCUUUGCUUUAACAAUGGCGGCAUUAGCAGUGUCUCAAUCAAGCUCGUUUGCACCCGAUACAAGUAAAGCCAAAAGCUCCGCGGUCUCAAUUUUUUCGAUUCUUGAUCGGAAGUCAGAGAUUGACCCGAGUGAUGAAUCAGGUUUGACUUUGGAAACGGUCAAAGGGGAAAUCGAACUUCGUCACAUUAGUUUUAAGUAUCCCACCAGGCCCGAUGUUGAGAUAUUCCGUGAUUUAUGCUUAACAAUCCAUAGUGGCAAGACGGUGGCGUUGGUUGGUGAGAGUGGAAGCGGAAAAUCAACGGUUAUCCAGCUUUUACAAAGAUUUUACAAUCCGGAUUCGGGCUCUAUCACAUUGGAUGGAACUGAGUUGCACAAAUUCCAACUCAAGUGGUUGAGGUUGCAGAUGGGUCUGGUUAGCCAAGAACCCGUCUUGUUUAAUGACACCAUUCGGGCCAAUAUUGCUUAUGGAAAGGAUGGUGAGGCCACAGAGUCUGAAAUAAUAGCUGCUUCCGAGUUGGCCAAUGCCCACAAAUUCAUUAGUGGCUUACACCAGGGUUACAAUACAAUGGUAGGGGAAAGAGGGGUGCAAAUGUCAGGUGGACAGAAACAGCGAGUAGCUAUCGCUAGAGCCAUAGUCAAGAGUCCCAAGAUACUACUACUAGAUGAGGCUACAAGUGCACUGGAUGCUGAAUCAGAACGAGUGGUUCAAGACGCGUUGGAUAGGAUCAUGGUUAACAGGACCACAGUGGUUGUGGCUCAUCGGUUGUCAACCAUUAAGGGCGCUGAUGUCAUUGCAGUCGUCAAGAAUGGAGUAAUCGUUGAGAAAGGAAAACAUGAAAAAUUAAUCAAUAUUCAAGACGGAUUCUAUGCAUCGUUAGUUGCACUUCACAUGAGCUCUUCCAGUUAGGUAACAUUUUUCCUUAUAUUGUUGUAUCUUAUAAAAUAGUAGAUUACACAAUUCCACAAUUUUUUUUUUGUUAUUGUAAUAUGAAAAUAUGAAUGGGAAUAAAUAAAGAUUCUUAAUUGCUAGAAAAUGUGUAGACUUGUGAAGAAUGUCAAUGGAAAAUGAGUUCAUAUAUA